AUGGCGGAGCUAACCAAAGGCGAUAUUAUGGGAAUGAAAGUAGUAAAAUUGAAGGAAGAGCUCUCCAAGAGACACUUACAUGUUGGUGGCAGCAAAAGUGUGCUGAUUGCACGCUUACUAGAGCAUGUUAAAAAGAUGGAAAAAGAAGCUGAAGAAGCAAAGGCCACAGAAAAUCAAGAAGCAAUGGAAGAAAAUCAGACUCAAGCUGAAGUAAAAGCGACAGAGGAUCCUGCGCCAGCUGCUAAAGAAGAACAGCAAGUCGAACCUAUGCAAGUUGAAACCGUUGAUAAUAAUGACCAGGAGAUACGCGAUAAGGAAUCCGAUAAAUCGGAAGUUGUACCUCAGGAAAUUAUGCUGGAGCCAGAUAAAAGCAAAAUUGACAAAGCUUCUGCUAGUAACAAAGAACAGCCCCGUAAAAAUAGUAGACAACUAGAUGUGACAAAACGGAGACUAUCUGGUUAUAACGUUAAAAGUACUGAGGAAAUAGAGAGUGAAAGUGCAGAAAAACAACAGUGGGGUAAGAAAUCAAUGGAAGAUGAAAACAAGUCUAUACUCAUCAACACGAAUCUCUUGCAGGAUAUCAUGAAUGAUAACUCGCCUUCCAAUGAUAUCCAGAAUGAGAACCAUGAAAGUACUCGCAAUGUACAAGUAAUGGACACAAGCAAAAAAGUAGAUAAUAUUACACCAGAUCUUAGGAACCAACAACAUAUCCCACCAAAGCUUAACCGUCAAAACCUAACGACAGGUAGCAAAAAAUUCGAUAUGAGUAAAAAGUAUAGUAACAUCCCUCAAGAAUUGGAAGAGGUAACAGUUCCUGAGUCAGCCAACCCUGUCAAUGAAAUAGUGCAUAUAACAAAUUUGGUUAGACCGUUUACAUUGGUACAGUUAAAGGAGAUACUUCGAGAAUACGGAACUAUUAAAGAGGAUGAGUUUUGGAUUGAUAAUAUUCGUUCUAGGUGUAUGGUUAAGUACUCUUCUACGGAAGAGGCUACAAGUGCUAGAAACAACUUAUAUGGUAAGAGAUGGCCAUCCACCAGCCCAAAGAGGCUGACAGUUGAAUUCUCAAAUCAAGAAGAGAUGGAUAGAGCACGGGGUAUCCUAGCCGAAGAGGUCAUGGAAGUUGAACCUGCUCCGACAAAUACGCAAGAGUCGUUAGGUCCUGAUAACGAAGACAUAGGCCUACUUAUCCAAUUGCGUACAGCAGAAGAUGACAGAAAUAAGGAUAAUGAAACUGAUGCACCCAUUAAUGUUUUGGACGAAUUAUUUCGAAAAACGGAGACUUCUCCUCACAUAUAUUGGCUCCCGUUGUCGGAAGAAGAGGCCGGUAAAGUAAGGACUACUUUAGUUUCUGGAAGUGAGACACGCCAGGGUAUAGAAUUCCUACCAGGAUCACGCACUCGUAGAUCCGUAGAGCGACGCAACAAUGAGAGAAGACGACGAUCUAGAUCGAGAUCUAAUCCACGUAGAGAUUACACCAUUAAUUCAAAAGAUACCUCGCGUUUCAAUAAUCGAUCACGCUAUUAUAGUAGCCGUCGUUAA